CAGGGAGUCACAACUAGAAAUAGGACGGUGGGUAAGAGAUUUCGGUUCGAACGAUCCAUCAAUGAAGUCAGUGCUCGUGUUAGGAUCUGAGGCCCAACUGAAUUGCGUGUGAUCGCCUCGAGGCUAUUUUGAUGGAUUUCGUGAGGAAAAAACCCUCGGUGUUUCCCACAUCGGUGUUGCUUGCGCUUUGUCUUGGCUUCAUUGGAGGAUUGCUCUUUGGCUAUUGCUUGUAUCUUACCGCUACUCUAAACGUUCCAUCUCCUGAGUUAACUGACACAAGACUAAGUACAAGUAAAGUUGUAUACGGGUCGAUAAAGUGUCCCGAUGUGCCGCCUUCAGUUCCUUGUGAGCCUUGUGUAGGUACUGUUGCAAACCAGACGAUAGGGUGUCCCGAAGUGCCGACUUGUGAGACUUGUGAAGCUAGCGGAAAUGGAAGCGGGUCGCAACAAGAUAUGGCUGAAGAUGAGGUUUUUGUCAAGAAUCUGCCUCAAAACUUUAUUCAUAAAACAACAGAUUAUCAUCGUAAAAACAUGACCAAGAUGCCCUACCAGGACAGGCCUGGGCCCACGCCGAAGAGUCUGCUUGCAAUGGCCGUCGGAUUUAAACAAAGAGACCACGUUGAUGCUUAUCUUCAGAAGUUUGACGAGGAGCAUUUCCAGGUGGUGCUAUUUCACUACGACAACACGGUAGACAAAUGGAGAGACUUCGACUGGUUCCAACGCGUUGUCCACAUCCAGAGCGAAGGUCAAUCCAAGUGGUGGUUCACAAAACGGUUCUUGCAUCCCGAUGUGGUGGCUCCCUACGAAUACAUUUUCGUCUGGGACGAAGACCUCAACCUCACCAAUUGCGACCCUCUCAAAUUUAUAGACAUUAUGAAGAGGAAUCAGCUUCAGAUUGCGCAACCAGCGAUUGAGGGAGCUACCCACUGGCCGAUCACGAAACGUGUUACGGAAAACGGAAUUGAGAUGCACACUCGCACCUCCGAGGGAGGCCUAAAAGACAAGCCCUGCGUUAACGAAACCACAACUGGUGGCCCAUGUGAAGCGUUUGUGGAGAUUCAGGCUCCUGUGUUCGAGCACAAGUCUUGGCGGUGCGUCUGGAACCUCCUUCAGAACGAUUUGAUAAUGGCAUGGGGAAUCGAUUUCAUCCUCCGCGAAUGUGUCUCUGCACCGGCAGAGAAGCACAUGGGCAUCAUAGAUUCACAGUGGAUCCUACACGACAGCGCUCAAUCUCUCUACUCCAAGGAGAAUCAGACCACGACGCAGUUCAGCUCACACCGAGAUAUGCUUUUGAAGAGGAGCUUCUGGGAGUAUUCAGAAACUAGAAGAAGGUGGGGGACAACAAACGCCACCAGAAACGCAGUCUGAUCCCAAAUCAUCAAACAUCUACUGGAACGUUUUCGAAAGUUCAACACAAUGUGGUUCCCCCUCCGAGGCGUCUCACUUUGGGAGAUAUGUUUGGAACGAAAUGAUCGUGCUUUUACCAAUACCGACUGGCCCAUGGAAAAGACCCACAAGUCGGAUCUGGCAAGGAUUCACAGAUUACGCUAGAAUUGCAAGGAAUAAGGUCGUGGAAAAUACUCAGGUUUACCUAUCUCGCUGUUACCCUAAACCCUAAAACCGGAGGGAUAGUAUAAAGCUUUCGACACCAGCUGGGGGAACAAUAUCGUAAUAUGCUCUAUACUCAAGCCAUUGCACCCUAAGAGGUUCCGUAUCCAAGGUAGAGUAGCUCCCCAAUAAGCCGGGGUUGUAACAUUACAUAUUGUAGGGUCCUGUAUUGAGUCGUGCUUUGGUUGGGAUUUCUGAGUCCUACUUAGACCAAAACACUUUGUACUGGUCCCCUGCAAUGAAUUUUCUUUAUAUGUAUCUUUGCAAACUC